UGGCAACCUUUACCUAAUUCUGAGGAAAUUACAACUUAUUUUCCUAUUCGAGUGAAGCAAACAAUUAAAGCAACGCUCAACAAUUGUAAAUUUAUUAUUACAGUAGUUGUUAACAAUAAAGACAAUAAUAUCUUUUUACUGGGUUAUAUGUGUCAAUGUAAUAAAAUUAUAGGAAUUACAAAUGAUCUGACUAAUGCUAUUUCUGAAGUUUAUUCAAAAAUCUUUGCAACGAAAAUUCGCUAUUCUGGUUCAUUAAUAAUGGGAUGGAAUGACGAAAAUAUAGUAAAUGAAUUGAAUAAAGAUAUUCCUUUUACUCCUCAUUCCUUUUUACUUGAAAAAAUAAAAGUAUUUGUAUAUGGGGUGGGAUAUUCAACAAAUAUGGAUUGGCAUUGUACUGGACUGGGAUAUAAAUCUUCACUUCUUCAUAAAUUUGGAGAUAAACAGGCAUUGUUUGUUUCUAAAAUCGAAGAAACUUUAUGUACUGUUAAAAUUUAUCAAGAUCAAAAACUUCAAACUACAUAUGUGAGUAACAAUCCAAUUGACGUGUAG